CCCCGUUUUCCAAAUUCGUAAGAAACAGACUAGAACCGCAUUUUGAUUUGAUUAUUCAUUGAUUAUACUCCAAAUUCAAAAAUACCUUGUUUUGAUUAUAAAAAUUAGUUCAGUUCAGCUGAAACACUUUUAAACAAUAGGAAAUCAUAAAUAUAUAUACAAAAAAAAACUUCCCAACACUGUCACCCGAAAAACGAAAUGUUUAAGAAAGUCUGUUGAGCAUUUAUUAGGCUGGCCUCGGACGUUACCACACAGCAUGGAUUUGCGUUACAAUGUGGGCCGAGUGCACACCGCAUUUACACGCGAAUCACGGCACCAUCAUCAACACGACCACCAUCAGGGGCCAGGAAGCCCGGGAUCAACAGAAGCAGGAAAUGCCGAAACGGUGGAAACACGGUCCGGCCAGGGAUGUGGGCAUGGAGGGCACGGCGGCUCCAUGAUCUUUCAUUGUAGCGACAGGGAGACGAUACUUUUCCAGUUCUGGACCACAGAUUCCACGACAUCGAUUGUGCUCUCCUGCCUGGUCGUCUUUAUUAUGGCUAUUCUAUACGAGGCGCUGAAAUGCUAUCGUGAGUGGCUGAAAAAGUGCGGCAAGAAGCGUCAGGAGGGCGGUGAUAAUCGUACCCCCUCAAGAAUGCAACAAUUCAACACUCCCAUUUCCGAGCCGGCUUUAGCUUUACCAAUGCCCGAGCUUCCUGUGGCACCGGAAAAUCCGCGUGCCGGCCCAGCAGCGCCCUGGCUAUCGCCCAUGCAUUGGUAUCAAACGUUGUUGCAUAUGAUCCAGGUGACCAUUUCGUUUUUGCUGAUGCUCAUCUUUAUGACAUUCAACGUCUGGCUCUGCAUAGCCGUUGUCCUCGGCGCCGGAGUCGGCUAUUAUAUAUUUUUCGCACGCAGCGAGAAUGUUUCCGAUCACUGCAAUUGAGCUAACACUCUGUUCGCCUCUCCUGUGCCCCUCUGUGUGUUGUCUGUGCUUUGUGCUAAUGUAUUUUUCUAAUUAAACCAUGUAAUAAAAAUAUCAGAACAAAAGCGGCUGCCAGCCGCCCGGCCUAA